UAGAAUAGCAUAUGCUUGCAUACAAACCAUUUUUCUACUUAUAACUGAGGAUAGAGGAGAAAACAUGGAAGGUUUCUAUCCUAAAACAAAAGAGUCUAAAACAAAAAGAAGAAACCAUGUAAAGGGGGAUGAACUUCUCACAAGUAUAACCAACAUCUUUCCCUGGUCACACUAAAUAAAUAUCAACCUGGCAGGGGUAUCGAGAUACAAAAUGUGACAAAGUAAUACUUCAUAACAAACAUAUUCAUUUUAAAAAUCCAAGAUACCAAAAUGGGUACAAAGAGUUAAUCAGAACAUUAUGUCAUAACAAAUUACUAAAACCGAGAUACUUAAGUUCGCUUAAAACAAACUACUAAAACAACAAACUGUAGGCAUCAUUAUGUGCCCUAUGAAUUAUAUUGUCUGACAUUCCUUCGCUUACGCCUCAAUGAAUGAUGACAUUCCUUCGCUUACACCUCAAUGAAUGAUACUGAGUGGCAGGCGUGGUCUCAGCUACAAUAUGCUCCAUAGCGAUGUACAAAGGAGUGACUGCAAGCUUCAGAUUCUAUUUAGUGGAAUUAAUUGUCGUCUCUUUGACCCUGACACAGCCUCUAAAUUAGCAGGCCUCAACGGAUUAUUUGGAACACAAGUUAUCAAAAAAGGGCGAGAAACCUCGUAGAACCACACCAAGUAAGUAUCCAUUAUCUGCACGCCAAAUUAGUGUCCACAACUUGUUCAGUCUUCUUCAGUUAUCAGAUGCAGAACAUAAUCCUAAAAAACUUGUUCCAUUUGAAAAAUGCUCAUGUGUAUGGUGCAACAAUAGAGGCAUGUCUAGGGAUACUCUGAACAUAGCUAAAUUUCCUCAACACUCGCUUCGGCAAGUGUGGAUGAGAACAUGAUCUGCCGCACAAUUAUAUGGAUUGAGAUUGAUGUCAUCAACCACAAUGCGAUGACACCGUGUAAGAAUCUAGUAUAGCAUGACCCCUUUUCUAUAUGAACCAGUUAGCAUGUGGACAGUCCUCUCUAUAAGUCACUCUCAUAAUCCCAGACAAAUAUUUUCAAGGUGUUUAUAUAUUCAUGCCUAUGAAAACAAAAAAUUAUAUCAUUAAACAUAAUAGUUCUAGGUAAAUUUUAAAAUAACAAUUCAAGUUACAAAAUUUUACCUACAACAAAAAAGUGUAGCUAGCCAAUAACUUUUCAAUGUUCAUAACUUCAUCUUUACCGAUAUCAAGAUUGACUAUUUCAAGAGUGUUAAUGCAAGUAAUCCAUUUGCAAACCAUCCACAUCUUCGAUCAAUUUUUGUCAUAUUUAGAUUAAAUUAAAGAGUCAUGCUAACUUGUACCCUAAAAAAAAAAUUAAAAAAUUACUUUUGUAUUCAAAUGAUAAUUUUUUUAAAACUUUUAAUAUAUUGAAUGUAUAAUUUCUAAAAAAAGUUUCUAUGUUUAGUUUCUAAACUUGUGCCACAACACACAAGUUAGCAUUUCCGUGAAUUAAAUACAUAACACAAGAUGGGGCCAGCUUGUAUCAUUAGUCUUAUGAACUUACAUGUUGAUAUUGACCCAUGUCACAAGGUUCAAGUCAAGUCUUCCAAAACAUUGCCAAGAAAGACCGAUAUUGCAGAUUUUCAGUCAAUGGAAACAGUUGACUCUUUCAGUUCUGAAACAUUAUAAUGCAUGUACUUGGAUGGAUUUGGAUCCUCUCUGUCGUAUUUUUUACUUCAUUUUUCUCUUUUUUCAAUCCCCACCACUGAACAUAUUCUCUAUUUUCAACCAAAAAAAAAAAAUCCCCAACAAACUAGAUCAUAACUAAGUCCAUAAGUGUCGUGUUUGGAAGGAUAGAUUUUGUCAUUAAAAAAGAUUAGUGAUGCAGGUUGUUGUCCGUUUAUCUUCUAUUCGUUUAUAAUUAAUUUUAAAUAUAUUUUUUUUUCUUGAAAAAUAAAAAUAACAAGUAUGUAUUUGAACUUAUCUAAAUUAAAUUGCAACAGAAAUUAAUACCCUUGUUUUAUAACUUCUCUAUAUAAAUAUAUGAAACACUGCAUGAAACCAAACACAUGUAUCUUAGAGUAUUCACCAUAUCAACAUAUCCCGCCAUGGUGUUCCUAUUUUCAAACCUUCAGUCCAAAAAGCUCUUACCCUUUUGGCUGCUGCUUUCAACUUGUUUUUGUGCAUUCACAACACCUACUUCAACUACUUCAUCAGCAACUUUACAAAGUAGAGAAGCAAGUGCUUUGCUGAAGUGGAAAACAAGUCUUGACAACCAUAGCCAAGCUUUGUUAUCUUCAUGGAGUGGCAAUAAUUCAUGCAACUGGCUUGGAAUUUCUUGUAAUGAAGAUUCCAUUUCUGUCUCUAAGGUAAAUCUCACAAAUAUGGGAUUGAAAGGUACGCUUGAAAGUCUUAACUUCUCAUCACUUCCAAAUAUCCAAACCCUAAACAUAAGUCACAAUUCCUUAAAUGGAAGUAUUCCUUCCCAUAUUGGAAUGUUGUCCAAACUUGCUCAUCUUGAUCUUAGUUUCAAUCUUCUCUCAGGAACAAUUCCAUAUGAAAUAACACAGUUGAUUAGCAUUCAUACUUUAUACCUGGAUAAUAAUGUUUUCAAUAGUUCCAUUCCAAAAAAAAUAGGUGCAUUGAAGAAUCUGAGAGAACUUAGUAUCUCAAAUGCAAGUCUCACGGGGACUAUCCCAACUUCUAUUGGGAACCUGACUUUGUUGUCACAUAUGUCUUUAGGAAUAAACAACCUUUAUGGUAACAUUCCAAAAGAACUUUGGAAUUUGAACAACUUAACCUACUUAGCAGUUGAUUUAAAUAUAUUUCAUGGUUUUGUAUCUGUCCAAGAAAUUGUGAACUUGCAUAAGCUAGAGACUCUUGAUCUUGGUGAAUGUGGUAUUUCCAUUAAUGGUCCCAUCCUCCAAGAACUUUGGAAGUUGGUAAAUUUGUCUUACCUUUCUCUUGAUCAAUGCAAUGUCACAGGGGCUAUUCCAUUUUCUAUAGGAAAGUUGGCCAAGAGUUUGACAUAUCUAAAUUUAGUACACAACCAAAUUUCUGGCCACAUCCCUAAGGAAAUUGGAAAGUUACAAAAGCUAGAAUAUUUAUACCUGUUUCAAAAUAACUUAUCUGGUAGUAUUCCAGCUGAAAUUGGGGGAUUGGCGAACAUGAAAGAGUUAAGGUUUAAUGACAAUAAUCUUUCUGGUUCGAUCCCUACGGGAAUUGGAAAGUUAAGAAAGCUAGAGUAUCUACAUCUUUUUGACAAUAACUUAUCUGGUCGCGUUCCUGUGGAAAUUGGGGGAUUGGCGAACAUGAAAGAUUUAAGGUUUAAUGACAAUAAUCUUUCUGGUUCGAUCCCUACGGGAAUUGGAAAGUUAAGAAAGCUAGAGUAUCUACAUCUUUUUGACAAUAACUUAUCUGGUCGCGUUCCUGUGGAAAUUGGGGGGUUGGUGAACCUAAAAGAGUUAUGGUUGAAUGACAACAAUCUUUCUGGUUCGCUUCCUCGUGAAAUUGGAAUGCUGAGAAAGGUUGUUUCAAUUAAUUUGGACAAUAACUUUCUCUCUGGUGAAAUCCCACCUACAGUUGGAAACUGGAGUGAUUUACAGUAUAUUACAUUUGGUAAAAACAAUUUUAGUGGGAAGCUUCCAAAGGAAAUGAAUUUGCUUAUCAAUUUGGUAGAACUGCAAAUGUAUGGUAAUGACUUCAUUGGUCAGCUGCCUCACAACAUUUGCAUUGGUGGGAAAUUGAAAUACUUGGCUGCUCAAAAUAACCACUUCACUGGCCGCGUUCCAAAGAGUUUGAAGAAUUGCUCUAGCAUUAUAAGACUUCGACUUGAACAAAACCAACUUACUGGAAAUAUAACCGAAGACUUUGGUGUAUAUCCAGAUUUGGUUUACAUGCAAUUAAGUCAAAACAAUUUUUAUGGACACCUUUCAUCCAAUUGGGAAAAGUUCCAUAACCUGACAACCUUCAAUAUUUCCAAUAAUAAUAUAUCAGGCCAUAUACCACCAGAAAUAGGAGGGGCACCCAAUUUGGGUUCACUUGACUUAUCUUCAAACCAUCUCACAGGGGAAAUUCCAAAGGAGUUAAGCAACUUAUCUUUGUCAAACCUCUUGAUAAGCAAUAACCAUCUCUCAGGAAACAUUCCUGUAGAAAUAUCAUCCUUAGAGCUUGAGACCUUAGACCUUGCAGAAAAUGAUCUAAGUGGCUUCAUCACAAAACAACUUGCAAAUUUGCCUAAGGUAUGGAACUUAAAUUUGAGCCAUAACAAAUUCACAGGAAAUAUUCCUAUUGAAUUUGGACAAUUUAAUGUCCUUGAAAUCCUAGAUCUCAGUGGAAAUUUUUUGGAUGGAACAAUACCAUCAAUGCUUACACAGUUGAAAUACUUGGAAACAUUGAAUAUCUCACAUAAUAAUCUUUCUGGUUUUAUUCCCUCUAGCUUCGAUCAGAUGUUCAGCUUAACGUCUGUUGAUAUAUCAUAUAACCAAUUGGAGGGUCCACUCCCCAAUAUUCGAGCUUUCAGCAACGCUACAAUUGAAGUGGUGAGAAAUAAUAAAGGCUUGUGUGGUAAUGUCUCUGGCUUAGAGCCCUGCCCAACAUCAAGCAUUGAAUCUCAUCAUCAUCAUUCGAAGAAAGUCUUAUUGAUAGUUUUACCCUUUGUAGCUGUUGGAACUCUAGUUCUAGCCUUAUUUUGCUUCAAAUUCUCACAUCAUCUCUUCCAAAGAUCAACCACCAAUGAAAAUCAGGUUGGAGGGAACAUCAGUGUACCACAAAAUGUACUUACAAUAUGGAACUUUGAUGGAAAAUUUUUGUAUGAGAACAUUUUGGAAGCCACAGAAGAUUUUGAUGAAAAACAUCUCAUUGGAGUUGGAGGGCAUGGAAGUGUCUACAAAGCAAAGUUGCACACAGGUCAAGUAGUUGCUGUGAAAAAGCUCCAUUCAGUAGCAAAUGGAGAAAAUCCAAAUCUAAAAUCAUUCACAAAUGAGAUCCAAGCUCUGACCGAAAUUCGACAUCGUAAUAUUGUGAAGUUGUAUGGAUUUUGCUCACAUUCACAGUUGUCAUUUUUGGUUUAUGAGUUUGUAGAGAAAGGUAGUUUGGAAAAGAUUUUGAAAGAUGAUGAAGAAGCAAUUGCAUUUGAUUGGAAUAAGAGGGUGAAUGUCAUUAAAGAUGUAGCCAAUGCUUUAUGCUACAUGCAUCAUGAUUGCUCGCCUCCAAUUGUUCAUCGAGAUAUAUCAAGCAAGAAUAUUCUUCUGGAUUCGGAAUGUGUGGGUCAUGUCUCUGACUUUGGAACAGCUAAGCUUCUUGAUCUUAAUUUAACGAGCUCAACCUCGUUUGCAUGCACAUUUGGAUAUGCUGCUCCAGAACUUGCAUACACAACAAAAGUGAACGAGAAGUGUGAUGUGUACAGUUUUGGAGUAUUAGCAUUGGAAAUACUUUUUGGAAAACAUCCCGGAGAUGUUAUAUCCUUAUUGAACACCAUUGGCUCUAUACCUGAUACUAAGCUAGUAAUAGAUAUGUUCGACCAACGUCUCCCUCAUCCUUUGAAUCCCAUUGUUGAGGAGUUAGUAUCGAUUGCAAUGAUAGCUUUUGCAUGUUUGACUGAAAGUUCACAAUCUCGCCCUACCAUGGAGCAGGUAUCAAGGAGCUUGUAAUGUCAAAGUGGUUUCACACAAAUAUCUGAAGAUUAUACUUGGUUAAUAUGCUUGAGUUUUACUUAUACUUCCUUGUUUUUUAAUUUUGUAAACCUUUUUUGACUUGUUUGUAUUAUAAGUUGCUUCACAAAAAAUUGAACUCAAUUGUUUAAAGAAUAAAUGUUGUAGAACUAUAGAGAAAAUUGAAGCUAAUAUAAUGAUGCUAUGUAUUCGUGACAAUCUUUUAUGCCUAUG